UUUAAUUAAAUUAGAGUCGGUGAGCUGGGAUAGGCUGGGAGUUCUCUCGGUCCAGACUGCAGGAAAUCCGACGUGGACUAUAAACCCGCAGAAACGGACAGACAAACAAGCGAAUGAGCAGAAGUCGAUGCGGAAAACUUGACCAGAUCUUCUUUCGCGGGAAAGAACGCUACAGUGCAUCCAGACGUCUGAGGUUACAGCAACAUGCCGCGGCGGACUGUACAAGAAGUGACCGUUCAAGACGUGCAAAAGAGACGAAACCCCAACAAACACUAUGUUUACAUCAUCAAAGUGGCGUGGUCUGACGGCAGCACUGAGAUCAUUUUCAGGCGCUACAGUAAAUUUUUCGACCUUCAGAUGGAGCUUCUGGAUAAAUUCCCCGUGGAAGGCGGACAGAAGGAUCCAAAACGCAGAAUCAUUCCCUUUUUACCAGGCAAGAUCCUCUUCAGAAGAAGCCAUAUCCGAGACGUGGCCAUGAAACGACUGAAACCCAUAAAUGAGUACUGUAGGGCCCUGAUCCAGCUGCCAGUGUAUAUUUCUCAGUGCGAGGAGGUGCGUGUGUUCUUUGAGACGCGUCCUGAAGACCUGAAUCCACCAAAAGAGGAACCCAGUGGAAAAAAGAAGUCAGGCAUUGUGGAGCGAGCGACUUCUUUCCUAAAGAGAGGAGGAGACUCGUCCUCCGCCGACCCGCUGCUGCUGGACCAGUACGUGGCCGUCACCGACUACGAGAAGCAGGAGAGCUCUGAGAUCAGUCUGUACGUGGGGCAGAUGGUGGAGGUCAUCGAGAAGAACGAGUCCGGUUGGUGGUUUGUCAGCACCGAGGACGCUCAGGGCUGGGUACCAGCCACAUGUCUGGAGGCUCAGGAUGAUCCUGAUGAUUUCUCGCUCCCAGCAGAAGAAGGAGUGUGCCGGAGAUUCUGGUCACUGCCGAGGCACGUUGGUCGCCGGCGUACUUUAGGGGAUCUGUUCAGCACAGGCUUUGGUCAAGAGGAAAAGUACACUGCGAUAUACCCAUACUCUGCACGCGAUCAAGAUGAAAUAGAUUUGGAGAGAGGCAUGACUGUUGAGGUCAUUCAGAAAAACCUGGAAGGCUGGUGGAAGAUCAGAUACCAAGGAAAAGAGGGCUGGGCCCCGGCGUCGUAUCUGAAGAAGGCUGAUAUCCUCAGUCAGAAGAUGGCUGCUGGCGCUCCAGGUCAUGCCAGUACUAAUGACCUCGAUGUGGCUUGCAAACAACAGAACGCCAACAAAGAAAACAAGGAGAACCAGCGCGACCGAUUUUCACCCUUUUCAGAAAGCAAGCGCAAAGCAGGAGCACGACAGAGACCUCCACCACGCCGGGAUCUUACAAUACCACGAGGUGUGAAUCUACCUAAGCCUCCAGUGCCCCCACAAGUAGAGGAGGAGUAUUACACCAUAGCUGACUUUCAGACGACUAUCCCGGAUGGCAUUAGCUUCCAGGCAGGAGUGAAAGUUGAAGUCAUUGAGAAGAACUCUAGUGGCUGGUGGUACAUUCAAAUUGAUGAAAAAGAAGGCUGGGCUCCAGUCACAUUCAUUGAUAAAUACAAGAAAACUAGCAAUGCCUCUAGGCCUAACUUUUUGGCCCCGCUUCCUGGUGAGAUGGGUCAACUGAAGCUUGAAGAUACCUCAAGCAACAAUACCAACUCUGAGAAUAGUUGGUCCAAACCUCUACCAGAUGAACCUUCAUCAAACUCUGAUUUCUCCACCCGGUCCAAGCUGAGAGAAUGGAAGCCCAAUGUAGUUAAAGGCAGCCCCCAUUUUUCAGGACCCUUACCACCUCCCCCAUCCUCACCCACGGCUGAAGAGAAGCCAGCUUUACCGCCAAGGAGAGAAUCCAUCAACAAGAGCCUGGAACUGGAGGACAAACCCAAAGCAGAACUUUCUAAACCCCUCCCACCCAAACCACCAGCCCCAGGGGUCAUCAUCCCAUUGGUGACCCCAAAACCAGCUCCUGUCAAACCAGACAAACCUCCAGAGAUAAAGAAGGAGGAGAAGAACAAGCAGCUCUACCUGCGCAAUGAGAUGGGCUUGGAGUGUGGCCACAACAUCUCAGCCAAGGAGGUGAAAAAGUUCAACCUAAAGCAUGUGGCCAAGCAGCCUCCCAAACCCAAAGUAGAUUCACAAGAAGACAAGCCGGAUUUGCCCAGCCCAGCUCCGUUUCUCAAGCCCAAACCAGUGGUCAGACCAAAGCCCGCCCCUGCAGCCAAACCAGAGCCAGUGGCCAAGAAUGAGCUAGACAUCACAAACCUUCGGAGUAAGCUUCGUCCGUCUAAACCUCCAGAGUUCAGUGCCAACUCAAGUGAUCCCAACCAGCAGAGUGACACUCCCCCGAAUAACGGCAGAACAAACGAAGACUCAAAACCCCCCAGUAAACAACAAAAUGGCCACGACCCAUCCGAAACAACUAAACCACCACCGCCACCAACAGCCCCCAAAGAGCCUCCCCAGAGGCCUUCUGUAGCACCUAGAAGACCUCCUCCACCAAAGAAAAGUUCUGAGCCAGCCAGUCCUACAGACACCAAAGCUCCCCAAAAAGACUUGCCAGAAGCCAAGCCGACCAUGCCUCCUCAGAGCAGACCCCCGCCGCCCAAAACAAAACCCAAAGACAAGGAGAAGGAGGAACCCAAGGCCAAGGUCCCAGUGCCACCAAAGCCCCUCAUUAAGACAGAAAAACCAGGACCACCGAGAGACAAACUCCCACCUCUUAUCAAGGAGCCGGCCAAAGAGGAGCUGUUCUUAGCUGUAGCAGACUUUGAAGGAGACGAGCAGACGCCUGGCUUUAAAGAGGGCGCUGUUUUCGAAGUCCUGGAGAAAAGUACCAACGGCUGGUGGUUUUGUAAAAAUGCGAGCGAUGGGCCAGUGAUGGAGGGCUGGAUCCCUUCCAACUACCUGACCAAGAAACCUUAGGUCCUCUUGACAAGGCUGCCUAAAGUAAACUUAUUUAAUUAACAUCUUUUAUUUAUGGGUACCUUUUUUUAAAAAAAAUGACAUUACAUCUUUUGCAAGUUCAAACAGGCCAUAAUAAUUAGUUUGCUUGCUUUUUUGUAACUCAUUUCCCUUUUGGGGGGAAACCAUGUGUGCUCUCAUAUGUUAGCACUGAACAUCCUUAUAUUAAUCAAACCUUAUAUGUAUCGCCGAAGGUUUACGUCACUAGCAAUAUAUAAAUGACUUUUUGCAGCCUCCAUGAUAUUGUGCCUCGAUAUAAUAUGCAAAGCGCUCUGUGCUUUUGCCGUAGAUUAUGCAAACCGUGAUGUCUGAGCAGCGCUGAAAUUUCGUUCGAAUUCGAAAUUCAAUAUUACGCAUAAUAUGAAUCCGUGCAAGCUUUUAGUUCGCAGAAAUCGGUCUGCUUUCUCGUUUCUAACACUACAGGAAUCAUGUUGCAUAUUUAUCGACUUUUUUUGUUUGUUUGUUUUCAGUCUGCACUUUUUUAUAGACUUUGCGUAGAACUGAUAAGUAAAGGGACAAGAACGAGGAGAAACCGGAAACAAACACUUGGCCUUAAGGUUUACAGAACAGCGGCACCCAUUUCUAGUUUGGUUUUCACAGUAGAUUAGUCAUGAACGUUCUCGCAAAAACCGAUUUGAGAAAACAGCCCCUUUUGCAGUACCAAUCGUACAGAAUACCUC